AUGCCUGAGGCUCUUAACGGAAAACACGCACAUGUCUUUAUUGGGCAUGAAGGUAUGCAUCUACCCCCUAAAGGGUUUUUUGAACGGUGUCCCGCUAAUCAAGAACCCAACUUGAAGAAUUUCCAAACAUAUGAAACGUUGUAUAACCAGUCUAUUGAGAAUCCUAGUGAGUUUUGGUCAAACCAGGCUAGAGAAAAUUUGAGCUGGUACAAGGAGUUUGAUUUGGCGAGAUUUCCUUCAGACCCAAAAAACGAUUUCAAAAAUGGAGAUUUGCCUGCUUGGUUUAUCAAUGGUGAGUUGAAUGCCUGCUACAAUGCCGUUGAUCGAUGGGCUAUGAAAAACCCCGAUAAACCAGCAAUUAUUUAUGAAGCUGAUGAAGUCAAUCAAGGUAGAAUUAUCACUUAUGGAGAAUUAUUGAAGCAAGUUUCUAAACUAUCUCAAACUUUGGUCAAGUUGGGUGUCAAAAAGGGUGACUCGGUUGCAGUUUAUUUGCCAAUGAUUCCAGAAGCAAUUGUUGCUUUGUUGGCAAUUGUUCGUAUUGGUGCUAUGCACUCUGUGGUGUUUGCUGGAUUUUCAAGUGCUUCACUUAGAGAUCGGAUCUUGGAUGCUGAUUCAAGAAUCGUUAUCACUGCUGACGAGUCAAAACGUGGUGGUAAAACAAUUGAAACAAAAAAAAUUGUCGAUGAUGCUUUAGAAGAAUGCCCCAAUGUGCGUAAUGUUAUUGUUGUGAAGAGAACCGGUAAUGUUCAUGUACCAUUUAACAAUAAAAAUGGUAGAGAUUUGUGGUGGCACGAAGAAAUGGUUAAAAAUGGUUGUUACUACCCUCCAACACCAAUGAAUUCCGAGGAUCCUUUAUUCUUGUUGUAUACUUCGGGCUCAACAGGAAAACCAAAAGGUGUUCAACAUACAACUGCCGGCUACUUGUUGGGUGCAAUGUUGACCACAAAAUAUGUAUUUGAUGUACACCAAGAUGAUAUUUUGUUCACAGCUGGAGAUAUUGGCUGGAUUACUGGUCACACUUAUUGUGUUUAUGGACCAUUGUUAAAUGGAGCAACAACUGUUGUAUUUGAAGGUACUCCGGCAUACCCUAAUUUCUCGAGAUAUUGGGAAAUUGUUGACAAGUACAAGGUUAAUCAAUUUUACGUGGCUCCAACGGCUUUGAGGUUAUUGAAAAGAGCAGGUACAAAGUUUGUUGAACCUUAUGAUUUGAGCUCGCUUCGUGUUCUUGGCUCUGUUGGUGAACCAAUUGCAGCUGAAGUAUGGCAUUGGUAUAAUGAUAAUGUCGGUCGUGGUAAAGCCCAUAUUGUUGAUACUUAUUGGCAAACCGAAUCAGGGUCACAUUUAUUAACCCCAUUGGCUGGUAUAACACCAACAAAACCUGGUUCUGCCUCGUUGCCAUUUUUCGGAGUUGAGCCAAAAAUAUUGGAUCCAACAACAGGCGAGGAAUUGAAGAACAAUGACGUUGAGGGAGUUUUGGCUAUAAAACAAUCGUGGCCUUCAAUUACAAGAGGUAUAUAUAAUGACUAUAAUCGGUUCAUUGAUACAUAUUUGGCACCUUAUCCAGACCAUUAUUUCACUGGGGAUGGAGCAACAAGAGAUGAAGAUGGAUUUUACUGGAUAUUGGGUAGAGUAGAUGACGUUGUUAAUGUUUCAGGUCACAGAUUGUCUACAGCAGAGAUUGAAGCUGCAUUAAUCGAACAUCCAUUGGUUGCUGAAAGUGCAGUUGUUGGUUAUGCAGAUGAUUUGACCGGCCAAGCAGUUGCCGCUUAUGUUGCUUUGAAGAAGGAUAAAAUGGAUUCAUCCAAUGAUUUGGAUAUCAUCAAAAAGGAUUUGAUUUUAACUGUACGUAAAGAAAUUGGACCUUUUGCCGCACCAAAAUUAAUCUUGUUGAUUGAUGAUUUACCAAAGACAAGGUCUGGAAAAAUCAUGAGACGUAUUUUGAGAAAAGUGUUGGCUGGUGAAGAAGAUCAAUUGGGAGACAUUUCAACAUUAUCUAAUCCACAAGUUGUUGAACAGAUAAUUGAUAUUGUUCAUAAAAGUAAAAAGUAG